AUGUUUCGAUCCAAGCUGGGUUUAUCCUUUUCCCUUUCGAUCAUCUCCCUCUGUUUAACAACAGUCGAGCCCACCUGCUCCAAGGGCUGUGACUUGGCCUUAGGCUCGUACUACGUUUGGACCGACGCGUACACCAGAUUGGUUGCCGAAGUAUCAGGCAAUUCCGUCAACGAACUCAUCAGCUACAACCCAGGGACCACCGAGCGCUUCAUCCUGUCGGGCUCUAGAAUCGUCGUCCCCUUCGCGUGCGAUUGCAUCGACGGCGAGUUCUUGGCCCACGUGUUUACUUACACGGCCCGGUCCGGCGACACGUACGAUAAAAUCGCCAAGACGUACUACGCGAACCUGACUACGGCCGCGACGCUGGAGCGGUCCAACAGCUACCCGGCUAAUUCCUCGAUUCCGGUUAACGCGACGGUGAACGUGACGGUGAAUUGUUCGUGCGGGAACGCGUCGGUGUCGGAGGCUUACAGGUUGUUCGUCACGUACCCGCUUCGGGCCGAGGAUAGCUUGGAGUCGAUUGCGAAUGCCACGAACUUGAGUACGGAUUUGCUGCAGAGGUACAACCCGGGCGCGAAUUUCAAUGCUGGGAGUGGUCUAGUGUACAUACCCGGCAAAGGUACGAUUUUAUUUUGUUUUGCUUUCCAUAAUUCAGUGUUGGGACUAAGAGUUAUAGUUGUUGUUUGUGCAAUUGUUCAAUGUUAUGGAUCUGUGUCACAUAAUUCGCGUGUGAUUGAGAAUGAGAGCGCAAGAACGAGCUUUAAAGUAAAAGAGAAACGCCUAUUUAUCUCUCGUGAUGAAACAGCUCCUAUUGGACCACAAGUACACUGCUCGGAUUGA